AUGCUUCCUCCUUUCACAAAGCGUGACAUGCCUCCUCGUCAAGUCCUUACCACAGACCGCACAAAACAUCGUCGCAACAGCAAUUACUCCAUCCAACUACCAUCAUCCGACUCGCUAAGCCUCGAGAUGGGUCAUUCGGGUUCUUCCCGUAGAGAAAAGUCUAUGUGGGCCGUAAAAGACAAGGUUCUCGAACCUCAUCAGUUUUUUCUCUCGACCACCUUUCAAAACUGCAAGCGUCAGUUACGCCAGGCACGCUGGCAGAAACUGCUGAUGGCCGUCAUCAUUGGUUUUUUCAUCUUGACAUAUUGGCUUGGUUUAUUGAGCUCGAAUGUCAAAGACGUGACUUUAGAGGAACAAGAUCAAAUCCCUAUUCCAUCCCAGACGCGCGAUCAGCUAAUUCUCUAUCGCAUCGUUGGUAACGAUCUUCCUCCCCGACACAAGGAAGGCCAGACCCUUUCAAACCUACGCUUUAUUCUCGAACACGAACCGGCAUUCCCAAAUACCCGUAAAUUAUUUGUGCUCAACCGUAUUUCAGACCCUCAGAAUGAAGCAACCAUCAUCAGGCUGUUGAACGAAUACGGAGUAGAGUAUAUUCGGAUCCCAUUUGAAGAAAAGGUAUAUGAAAACAUCGACUUUCGGCUCGAGGAUUUCCCCGAGCCAGACUAUCUCCACUCGGAUGACUAUAGACGCUUUUCAAAAGUCAAGAAAUUGCGUGCCCUGGAUUAUACCUAUCAUGAUAAGAAUUUAUACGCCAUGAAUAAUAAUGGAGGAAGAAAUACGGCAAUUGAACAUGCACAGAGUAUACCAAAUGCAAAAUGGGUAAUGCCUUUUGAUGGAAAUUGCUUUUUAAGCAACAACGGAUUCGCAGAGAUAAAGUCCCAGUUGGACCGAUUUGGUGGAGACAUCAAAUACUUUGUUGUGCCCAUGACUCGACUCCUCAACAACACAGUCUUGCUCGACAAUACAGAGGAUCGACCAAAGGCCCCAGAAGAACCCCAGAUUAUCUUUCGCUAUGAUGCUACUGAAGAAUAUAAUCUUAAUAUGCGAUAUGGUCGACGUAGUAAGCUUGAAUUACUGUGGCGUCUGGGCGCAUUGGAGAACCGUCGCCUGAAUAGACCUACGGUACCUUGGGAAUCGAGUGAAAGACCUUAUAGUAAAGACAAGGGGAAUUUCCGUACCAUUGGAUGGGUCUUUCGGCUGUUUUCUGGAAAUCCUCAACAAGAAGAAAACAAAAAAGAGGCUUCAUCAAUCCGUGGAUUUAACCGUCUUUUGGCUAUCCAGUCUUCACUCGACAGUUUGGACGAGUCUAUUGCUCGUCGUACAUUUCGCCAAGACAAGCUGUUUGUGUUUGAUGAAAAGGACAUGGCGAAGGUGAGAUAUCAUUACUGGGCUAAUGAGCCUGAUGUGGUUGCUGUUGUCGAUCGUCUACAAGAACAAGCCGCGACUAUGUUGCAUUUUACUCAGCAGCAACUUGAUCCUAUGUCUGCUGCUGCUGCUGCUACUGCUGCUGACCCGCUGCAGCGCAUGGAUCCCCAAACAAACGAUGAUCAAUUUCUGGCCUCGUUACCUAAAGAAGCUGGAAUAGAGUACCUCGGACCACUCACUCACAACGUUACUGUACUUACAUUGGCUAGCUAUUUUCUUGGGGAUGACCAGUAUGGAAGAUGUGCUGCAAACCUGAUCCGAGUCCAUUUUUUGAAUGAAUAUGCGGUAGAGGAUGAGGAUGCCUACAGUGGUGCCCGUGAAGAACCGGACACUAGCCACCUGCUAGACUUUUUGUCAGAUCAAGGCUAUUCGUUCCCCAGCCUCAAUCGAAUUCCUCAGAUAAUCCGCAAGCAUAACAGUAACCGGAUCUUCAAGACCUCUGACCUGACCAAAACAGAUGUCUCAUCACUGCUGGAUAGCAUGCGUAUCUUGCGUCGGAUGCAGCUAUUGACACACAAGGAAUAUAUCAAUCUUCAGGCCAUCACAGCCGAGUUUCUCGAGUACCAUAUCACUUCUCCGACUGGUAUUCAUCUGGCUCAAAUGGCAGAUCAUCGUGGAGUGUUUUAUGACCUCCAGGUCACUGCAUUGUCUGCGUUUGCCAAUGAUGUUCGCUUAUUCUUGCGGGUUGCCAACAGAUGUCGAAUGCGUAUAGGAAAGCAGUUUACGCCCGAAGGAAACCAGCCUUUCCAGAAGAGCACAGCACAAGCACGUCUCCAACAGCAGCUUUCGUCGGAUUCUUUUAAUAUGGAAGACAAAGACCCAUCCUUGGCCUCUGCUCUCAGUUGGCGUGUGUCUCUUCAUUAUGAAACUCUGAAUUUGCAAUACUGGACCGUACUGGCCAAGGGUAUUCAGAAUGCAGGUGUAGCCAAAGACGUCUGGCACUAUACUGCAAAACAUCAGGAAACGCUGUCCCACACUGUUGUGUCGCAUUUGAAGCGCAAUUAUGGCAUAUUGGACAGUCUUUCUCCUGUAGAUGAAGCAUUUGCUCGGGCACGCUUAAGACCACUUGCAUACAUGGCCGAAUCUGCAUUUGGUAACAGCUUUGCCUCUGGAAAGUUGAUUCUCACGGAAAAACAAAAGGAAGACCAGAACUGGAUCAAAAAUCAUGUUAGAGCAUUUGGUGCACGGUAUUUGACAGAUGUGGAUCCUCAGGGUAUUUUGGAAGAUAUGGUCAGAGAAGAUGAACUCAAGGGACGAAUGGGAAUCCCUCCAUUCUGGAUGUUGGCGACUUUGAGCUCCUAAAAACACACACACACAAAACAAACCCAAAUUACACACAGAUGAAGCAAGUGAGUUGAGAUGAAGUCUGCUUUUUUCCUCAUUAGAUGUCCGGUUUCCUUUCUUUCUUUUUCUUUUUCUUUUCUUUUUACUACUCCUACUACUACUACUACUACUACUACUACUACUACUUCCUUUCUUAAUUGCUUGUUUCUUCCUCUUCCUCUUUUAAAAAACAAGUCGACAUUACUUCUUUACUCCUUUACUUUUUUUGUUUUUUUUUUCUUGUUCCUGUUUUUAUAUAUUCUUUUUUUUGCAUGUCCUUUUAUUUGUAAUUCUUGUUUAUUUUUCUUAGUUCAUAAAAAGAAGUAUCGCCUUGACUGGACUCUAGGCAUGAAAGUAUGUAAAAAUAAUAAUAACAAUAAUAAUAAU